GGAAAGGUGGGUGAAAUGGUACAGAAUGGUAGUGCGGUAAUUAACGUGGCAGUGUCUUGAUCACAACGAGUGAGAAAAUGGGUUUAUGAACACAAACAACAGUGACAACUAAUCAGAAUCGAAUGGAAGCUUUGAAUUUAAGCUACUGCUCCUGCGUUGGUUCGUCACGUCUGACGUCUUCGCGAGAUCUUUUUAACUCCUUUUGUCUUUCUACCAAGAAGAAAAUCACAAUCAAAUUCUCUAACACAGACGCUUUUUCGCUUAAGAAUCAAGCUUUCAUUUCAUUGAGAAGACCCAGAAGCAGAACAAUAUCAGCAGCAAUGGCAACUGGAAGUGUGAGAGAGGUUCUUCCACCAGCUCUUGAUUCUACCUCAGAGCCACCCCCACUGUUUGAUGGAACAACAAGGCUGUAUAUAUCUUACACUUGCCCGUAUGCGCAGCGUGUGUGGAUUACCCGAAAUUGUAAGGGAUUGCAGGAGAAGAUCAAAUUGGUUCCUAUUGAUUUGCAAAAUAGGCCUGCUUGGUACAAGGAGAAAGUCUAUCCAGCAAACAAGGUGCCAUCUCUGGAACACAAUAAUGAAGUGAAAGGAGAGAGUCUGGAUUUGAUCAAAUACAUUGACAGUAACUUUGAAGGGCCUUCACUGUUCCCUGAUGAUCCUGCCAAGAGGGAGUUUGCAGAAGAGUUGCUGGCCUACACUGACUCAUUCAGUAAAGCUGUGAUGACUUUAUUGAAGGGUGAUGGAGUAGAUGAAGCUGGUGCUGCCUUUGAUUACAUUGAGACGGCUCUCUCCAAAUUUGAGGAUGGACCUUUUUUCCUUGGCCAGUUCAGUCUGGUAGAUAUAGCGUAUGCUCCAUUUGUUGAGAGAUAUGUGCCGUUCUUGCGGGAGGUGAAGAAGUAUGAUGCGAUGGCAGGCAGGCCAAAACUGGAAGCAUGGUUGGAGGAGUUGAGCAAGAACGAAGGAUUCCAGCAAACUCGGCGUGAGCCAAAGGAGCUUGUUGAAGCCUACAAGAAACGCUUUGCGGCUCACCUCUGAAACCCUCUGGAAGAUACAUGACCUCAAGAACUAGCAUCCUUUUUUGUCCUAAAAUUCAGAUUCCAUGCAUGCUGUGGUGUAGUAGUAGAUAUACUGGUCCCUAGUGACUGUAAUCUGCUCAAGUAUUUGUAUGUUAAAAGACCACGUAUACUUGAAGAACUCCGAAAAACAUCCACCAAAUCAAAACUUGAAGAUGAAAAAGAUUUGACAUAAUCCUCUGUGUAGUUGUUGAGAUGGAUGGAUGAGGAAAUAGGCCUGCUAAUAUGCCUAGCUGCUGCAAUAUGAUGUGAGGUUAAUCCUCCCACUGGAUUUACAAAUUGUAUUUUUCCAGUUAACCUGGAAGGGCCGAAGACUUGAAUUCCAGGACCAUUGUACUUUUCCAGUUAA